UCUUACAGUUUUUGCUUCCUUCUUCCAGGCUAGCUCCAGUACCCCAGCCAGCACCCCAACACAAUCCCCAGCAGCAACCCCAUCCUCAGGCUCUACCCAGGGAGACCUGGACCUGUUCAGUGAGACUGGUGGUUGAGUUGGCAUUAAGGGGGAGGACACCAGGGCCAAGAAACACCUCUCCAAGGACUCCAUCCUGUCCCUGUAUGGGAACACCAGUAUGCCUCAGAUGCCCCAGCACCAGCAGGCCCCGCCUGCUGGUAUAUACAUGAACCCCGCCCAGAUGCAGUUUCCAGUAGGCAUCCCCCAGCAGCAGGUCCCCACUGGCUACCAGGCCUUUCCUGGCAUGGGCACGGGCAUGCCCCCCACCACCGUCAUGGGUGCCAUGAUGGCUCAGAGCGGAGCCGCCAUGAUGGGACCCAACACAGGCAUGAUGGUUGGCAUGACGAUGCCCAACGGUUUCAUGGGACAAGCGCCUGCGGCCGGGAUGGUUGGCAUGGCUCCGAGGAUGAUGGGGGUACCCCAGGGGGGAUGCCCGGGGGUAUGGUGCCCGCUCAGGGCAUGCAGGGGAUGUAUGCCGUCCAGCCUGGGCAGCAGGGCCAGUGGAACAUGGGACAGAUGAACCAGCAGAUGUCAGGGAUGAGUCUGAACGGUGCCGGGGGGGGGGGGGCAUGGCCUUCGGUCAGCCUGCCUCCACCAUGGGAGGCUGGGCCGCUUCACCCUCCGGUCAGACACUCAGCACACAGCUCUGGAAGUGACCCACAUGGAGGUCAAAGAUCAG